CGAGGAAGUGAACUGAGCAACACUGCUGCGUAAAAUCAGCUGAGUGCGGAUUCUAGGUUACUGUCAAGUGUUUCCGCCUGGACAUCACUUCCUGUCCGGGUCUUACUGCGUGGAUCAGGGGUUAUGUAAAAUAUUGAUUCCCUCGUUUAUCACGCUCAUCUCUGCGUUUAGACGAUUCACUGAAGCCGAACGGUGCUGGGGCUCAGGUCCUGUUUUCCUGCAGUAGACGGACGCUGAGCAUGCUGGGACAGCACUGAGGCAUGAUGGACCCCGAGGAGGCAGAACUCCAGAGUGACUACCGUUACCGUAGUUACGCAGCCGUCAUCGAGAAGGCGUUGCGCAAUUUUGAGUCUUCCAGCGAGUGGGCUGACCUCAUCUCUUGUCUUGGAAAACUCAAUAAGGCCCUCCAGAGUAAUCUGAAGUACUCUCUGCUGCCGAGGCGGCUUAUCAUUGGAAAGAGAUUGGCUCAGUGCCUGCACCCGGCUCUGCCCAGCGGCGUCCACCUCAAAGCUCUGGAGACCUAUGAGGUCAUCUUCAAAAUCAUCGGCACAAAAUGGCUGGCUCGAGAUCUGUUCAUCUAUAGCUCAGGACUGUUCCCCCUGCUCAGCCAUGCCGCCAUGUCUGUGAAAAUGGCAGUGCUGACCCUAUAUGAGCGCUACUUCCUGCCCCUGCAGAAAGCUCUGCUGCCCAGCCUGCAGGCCUUCAUCAUGGGCCUGCUGCCUGGCCUGGAGGAGGGCCUGGAGGUCUACGACAGGACAGACGCACUGCUGUUGAAGUUGUCCCAGCUGGUGGGUCAGUCAGUGUUUUAUGGGGCGCUGUGGGGAUCAGUACUUGUGUGUCCGCUGGUGCGUCUCCCUGCUUCACUCUUCAUCGUCACACACUUUGACCGCACGUCCACCAGCCGUGAGCAGAAGUACAUGCUGGGCAACGACCACAGACUAGCUGUGAAGGCGACCUGUCUCUCUCUACAGGACGCUAAUGUACUGGUCCAGCGGAACAUGCUGGAGAUCCUUCUCUACUUCUUUCCCUUCGCAGCAUGUCUGGAUCCAGUGACGUGUUCCGUCCCUCUUAAACGGGAAGAGAUGAUCACGGUGGUGUCCGCUGCCUCUCUCACUCUGCUCAGGAGAGACAUGUCGCUCAACCGGCGCCUCUACGCGUGGCUUCUAGGUUUAGAUAUUAAAGGGGGCAUGGUGGCUCCAGAUACAACCCUGUACACUACAGUAGAAGAACAUACUGCAUACUACUUUAACACACAUUCCAGAGAGCUGCUGGUGCAGGCCCUAGUGAAUAUCCUGCAGCAGAAAGACAUAGAGAAAGACCCAGAUAACCUGAUGAACUAUCUCAGACCAUUCCGCAUCCUGAUCAGUUUACUGGACAAACCAGAGAUUGGACCACUGGUCAUGUCGGAUGUGUUGUUGGAGGUGAUCAGGGCCUUUUCUAGUUACUGUAGAGAGUUGCUGGGAGAGGACUCGCUUAACUCCAGUCACUCUGGCAAGCAGCUCGCAAGUACAAUCAAAGAGAACAAACAUGUUUCUGAGAUCGUAAAGACGGUCAAUAUGUUGGUGGGAGCCAUGAGCAGUGAAUACCUUCUGGACUACAUGACCAAACGCUUCCACACCUGUCUGAGCGGGUUAAGUGACCCUACAGGGACGUCUUCAGCUAAAGACUGGAGUCCUUCUCCAUCCGUGACGGAGCUCUCAUCCCUCAUAAUCUUCGUCCUUGAUGUUAUCCCUUUGGAGCUUUAUGCUGAUAUCCAAACACAGUACCUGCCCCAGAUGCUGGGUAGCAUGCUGCAGUCUUUAUCAGCUCACAUGGCAUCUCUCAGCCUAGCGGCGCUUACACAGACCCUUCGAGCAUGUUUUAAAGUUCUGAGUAAGAUCCAGAUGCCUGUGAACUAUAUGGACAUGGACAUGGAGUCACAGAUACAGGAUAUAAAGGAAACAAAGCCGCUUGCAGUGACCGACAUCAAGAACGAUGAGCCUGAUAACCAAAGCGGUGACGAUAAAAUCCAAGAAGUUGCAGUAACCCUCAAUGGACAGGAUGCUCAGGAGGUGGGAACCGAAGUGGCCGCGUUCCCGUCCCUCCUUUCUGAAGACAGCGGACUGGGCCUCAGCGCCUCGCCUUCUGAGCAGCAGCUUCCUCCUGGCCGCGACGCCUCCAGCCCUGCUUCAGGGGUUUGCACCAAGGCGGAGGAUGUGUGGAGGAAAGGAGGGAGCAUGGAGAACAUGUCCAAGUGCAUACAAGACAUACUGGCAUCUGUUAUUUCAAGGCACUUGGUGGUGGUUGUAGAUCCAGAAAAGCAGAAGGGACAGGCGGCGGUGACUCCGGCAGAGCAGCGUGCUUCACGACGGUCCAGGACACGCUCUUCGUUUGGGCUCGAGAGCAGCCGAGACCUGGGGCUGAUCAAAGACAGACUGGCUGAGCUCUUCACCCCAGGUAAACUCCGAGAGCAAUCUCAGGAGGCGGUUAAUGACGAUAAGGGGAAAAGCACUGCACGUGCGCUCCUUCAGUGGACAGAGGGAUUCCAGCCCAGAGGGAAAGGAGAGAUUAGUGAAUCGUGUCGAAACGCCUUUACUGCGGCCUGUCACCUCCUGCUGGAGAGCACGACUUUCCCUGUCUACUACACGGAAAAGGAGAGCCAAGAGCUCCACAGCAGCAUGUUCGAGAACAUCACGGAUAACGAACAGGGCGGUCUCCCGGAGUGGCUGAGGUCCUUGAUGACUCUAUGUUGUAUUUCAAAAGACUACCAGGUUCAGCAUGUGGCGAUUUCUUCUCUUCUGGAGCUUAUAAACCACGCUCAGUCUUUAGCUCUGGUCAUCCAGGACAAGAACCAGCGCUAUAAAAAAUCCGAGGCCAACCCUCUCAGUGGACAGUUACAGAUGGUCACGCUGCCUCCCAUCCACCCGGCAGUGCUUAAAACUAUGGAGCUACGCACAGACUUUUACCAGCGGGCAGCUCAGGUGCUCUGGGCUCAGUUGGACACCGAACGCAAAGAGCAACAUAUUUCCUGUGUGGAGCUUUUCUAUCGACUGCACUGUCUGGCUCCAUCCCCAGCCAUCUGUGAGGAUAUAAUCUGCAUGGCGUUGCUGAGCAGAGACAAGGUUGUGCGUUUGGAGGCUCUUCACAGAUUCUCUGUUUUGUGGCACCUGAUGCGAGAGGUCCAGAUGAAUCGCAGCACUUCUCUGAACCGCUCCUUUGACAAGUCUCUGUUCGUGGUGUUGGACAGUCUAAAUAGUCAGGAUGGUAGCGUCAGUACAGUCGGGCAGAGCUGGCUGGUGCGAGCACUGUCUCUUGGCGAUGUUGUCCGCAUCUUGGAACCCGUUUUACUCCUACUGCUGGACCCGAAGACACAGAGAACAGCCAUUCAGAACGUCAAGCACAGUCUUUCAGUUGGUAACUGGAGUGCAUUGAGUUACAGAGAGAAGACCAGCAUUAAGAGCACUGGAGAUGGUAUGAUGAACCAAACGGAGGACAGCAUGUUGACUAACAUUGCUAUGGUAGACCGUGAAGCUGUAUGGCUUGACCUGCAACGUGAUACAGAGCUUCAUGGAAUGCCAUCAGAUUCCCCUGCCGUGUCUCGCAGCGAAAGCGAGGAGGAGACCGAUGACGACGAUAACGAGGCCCGAGAAGACGAAGAAGAGGAAAGCGAGCACACCGAGUCGGCCGACACAAGUGGAGUCCAGAACUCCACAGAGACCUCAAGUUCAGUCUCCACCCCUUACCUGCAGCGGCCUGCCGAUGGGGAAGGCAUUGUGGUCAAUGGCCUGAAGCGGGUGGACUCGGAGCGUACGCAUGCUUCUGAUUCGCUAUCGAGUGAUGAGGACGACGAGCAGUUGGAGGCCCUGGCCAAAUCCCGUCUCUUGAAGCAGCAACGUGAGCGACAGGAAGCAGUGGAUUCGCUAUUUCGACAUAUUCUGCUUUACCGACAGACUUACGAGAGCGGACGGAUUCUGUACGCCUUUGCGGUGGUGGAAACGCUGUUGAAGAGCAGCGCAGGCCCAUUUGUGGAGGCACUGAGUAACACAACUUUGGACUGCAGCUCCACUGCCCACCUGAAUCUCAUCCAGAACCUACUACAGAGACAUCGGCAAGCCCAGGAGGGUGGCAGUUUCUAUGGCCCUCUCCAGAAUUCCACCCCUCCUUUAGCUGGUACCCCAGAGCAACCACCCUCCUCUCCUCUUUGCUCUCCCUGUACCUCCUUAUCUCCUCCAACGUUUCUUCUGGAGAUCCUGACAUGCCUCUGCUUGCGGUUCCUGCGCUCCUACUUCCCUUCUUAUGCUAGCGUGAAUGCCUGUCAUGUGCAGGCAAACCGAGAGGUGCAGGUCAAGAGCGUGGAGGUGCUGACCGCAUUGGUGGAACAGCUAGUGACGGUGGCCCAGCAGGCCCAGACAGGUGAGACUGGUGCCAGUGGAAGCUUAGAAGCCAUAUGUAAUCUUCUGUGGAGCAGCAAGUUGCAGCACUAUGUCCUCCUUAUGCUCUCCACAUCCAUGUAUGUCUGCCAGCGUGCAGAUGCACCUGUCCAACACCCACUGACCAAGGAUGAGCAGGGUGAUGAUGUAGGAGAAGUCUCUGAGGAGAGGCUGGUUUAUUGUGGGCGGGACGGGAGCUGGGCUGAACAUCCGAUUCAGAUUGCCCUCCUGAAGCUGCUCAAGGUUCUUAUUGUACUAGAACAUUGUGUAUCUCCAACACACAAUAAGAAACCUGCACAAGGAGAUAACCAGUUCCAGCAGUCCCUGGACGACAUCCCUUCUUCUACCCUAGCACGAGAGUGGCAUACUGCAAUAAUGUUCCAGCAGUCCAUCAAGGCUGUCCGCUAUGUGCCCAACCAACCCAUUACAGCGCAGGGCAUGUUUGUAUCGGCAGCAGCCCGGGCUCUGUGCCCGCAAUAUGGCUUUGCCAUGCACCCAGCUUGGGUGACGUUGCUUUGUCAGGUUCUACCCUUCCUUGGCCGCUCGCUGGCCAUCAUUGUGGCUCCCAUCAUCACACAGAUCUGCAGAAACCUAGAUGAGCUCGUUAAACAGCAUGAACAUGAUGGAUUCAAGGCUACUCAUGGUAGUAACCUGAAGAAGGAGAACAUUGCACCUGAUUAUCCUCUCACUCUGCUGGAGGGGCUUACUGCUAUCACGCACUAUUGCCUCCUGGAACACAAGAAGUCUGCAGGUUGUGAUGCAACAGACAUGCGAAAUGCCUGCAAUGCCAUUUUGGAGGCGUUUCCUCAUAUGGUCAGCACCAUGGCCUUGCUUUGGGGUGUAGUCCAGGGUGCUGACUCGGUCUACAGCGGCAGAUCUUCCUCCACCUCGGUCUAUUUCAAAAGCACAAAGAUCCUGAAACAGAAGGUUCUGGGGCUCCUGACGCCAUUGACACAGCAGUAUGGGGUACAAGUCAUGGCUUCUGUGGCUGCUGUAUGGAACAGUAGGCGGAGCCGAAAGAGACGCUCCAAAAACAAGAUUCUGCCAGUCGCCAGUGAUUCCCAGAUGACGAUUGUAGAUUUAGUAAAGUCAGUGAACACACUCCGCACCGACACCAUUUUGCAGCUCAUCAGGGAGGUGGUGAAGAAACCCCACCAAAUCAAAGGAGACCAGCAAAGGCCAACCCUAGUUGAUGUACCCAUGCUCCAGUUCUGCUAUGCCUACAUACAGAGUCUUCCUGCUCAGGAUCUUCAGGAAAAUAUCAUGGCUAUCCUCUGUCUCCUUAAAGAUUCUGUGCAGGUUAAUCUUGCCCCACCUGGCCAUUUCCUCCUUCUUGGCAUCCUGAAUGACUUUGUGAAUAGACUCCCCACCAUGGACAACAAGAGAGAUUCCAGAGAACUGCAGGAAGUGACGCAGAAAAUCCUGGAGGCGGUAGGCGCCGUGGCUGGCUCAUCCCUGGAACAGACCAGCUGGCUGAGCCGUAACCUGGAGGUGAAGGCACAGCCUCAGAUCUGCCUGCAGGAGGAUGAAGAUGAGCCUGAAGGCAGUGAAUUCUAUGAGUCUGUUGGCCAAGGCAGUGCUAUGGUGUCAUCUUCCGCUCCAUCUGCGUUCAGUGUACAAGCUCUGGCUCUGCUGGCUGAGAUUCUAGCCCCUCUUCUGGAUAUGGUGUAUCGCAGUGACGAGAAGGAGAAAGCUGUGCCUCUCAUCUCCCGCCUCAUGUAUUAUGUCUUCCCCUACCUGAAAAACCACAGUGCCUAUAAUAUGCCCAGUUUCAGUGCAGGGGCUCAGUUGUUGAACAGCCUGAGUGGUUAUGCAUACACUAAGCGUGCCUGGAAAAAGGAAGUGCUGGAGCUCUUCAUGGAUCCUCUGUUCUUCACUAUGGAGAUGUCGUGUGUCUGCCAUUGGAAAUCCAUCACAGACCAUCUGCUCACACAUGAGAAGACCAUGUUCAAGGACUUGAUGAGCAUGCAGAGCAGUUCUUUGAAGCUGUUUAACAGUGCUGAGCAGAAGCCCAUGUUAGUAAAGCGCCAGGCAUUCGCUAUGUUCAGUGGAGAGUUGGACCAGUACCACCUCUACCUGCCUCUAAUACAAGAGCGUUUGACCGAGAACCUGCGGAUGGGACAGACCCCGGCGGUGUCGGCUCAGAUGUUCCUGAUGUUCCGUGUUCUGUUGUUGAGAAUCUCACCACAGCACCUCAUCUCCCUGUGGCCUAUCAUGGUCACUGAACUGAUUCGUAUUUUUGCAAGGCUCGAAAAGGCUCUCCUAGAGGACAAAGAUGUUUCAAAGAAUAAGCGAGGUGGUCAGGAGAAGAACAGCGUAAGGUCUUUUUCCCAGGCAGAACUGGACAUGUAUCUGUCAGCCUGCAAGUUCCUGGACACUGCUGUGUCUUUUCCCCCUGAUCGCAUGCCUCUGUUCCAAAUGUAUCGCUGGGCAUUCGUGCCUGAGGUAGAUGUAGACAGUUACGAUGGUCCAGGCACCACUCUGCUGGAGGGUGAACAGGAGUGUAAACCUCACGUGGUCAGGAUCCUGGAAGGCCUUCACCAUCGCUAUGGGGAGCUGAACGGAACGGCGGGAGAGUCCGAAUCCGAGCCUACGGAGUUCCCCCUUCUCCCGUUCUACUCGCUCUCGUCCAUCACGCAACUCGUACCGUUCUUCCAAACCCUGUGCUGCUCUUUCUGCAGCUCGACCCCCUCUCCUCAUCCUCCUGCCGAAUACCCACCAUCUAAUGCAGACCGAGUGUUACAGCGCUUAGAAGGCAUCACAGAGGAAGAGUUUCUGGACGGUAUGGAUUCAUAAGUCUCGGGCUUUUCGCUGAGCAUUCAGUCUUGGAACGGGCGUUCCGCUCCGUUUUAUCUUACCUGUAAGUCCGUCUUAAUGAAGCAUGAAAGUCCGAGACGUCGUACUGUGAUCGUAUGCGUUAUGUUAUCGUGAUGUCUGUCGUUAAUUGAACAAAUUUGUUUAUUUUUGUAUUAUUGUAGUGCAGUGAUCACAGAAGGAUUCGUUAUAUCAGUUAAUCGCUUGCUUUUACGUGGAUAUUUUAUCGCUUAAUAAAAACGGAAAGACUGCGGGUUUAAUAUUAUGAACUAUUAAAGGUGUUUGUUGUUUUGUUUUUUUUCCCCAGCCCAAAAUACAACUCGAAUCAUAGCUCGAAUACGUAUUAUUGGUCAGUUACAGCAAGUGCACAUCGCUUGGGUGAUACUAUGUGCAAUCUAAAUCUCCGUGACAUUUAUUUCAUGUGACACGGUUUUCCCCGAACAUUCCAUGUUAUGGUUUUAAAUUGAGCUAUGCAUGUAAUCGAGUGAAUAAACAUAAAGCUCGAUUUUGGUGUUUAAAGGCAUUUCAUAGCGUGCAAUAUGUAGGCCACGGUUGUGGUUUGACGACACAAAUGGAAUAUUGUGGGUGCUGCUAAAUCCUGAAUCAUGAAUCUAGUGUGAUGUACCUUAUUAAACUUUAUUAUACUGUAUAUGGUACAUUCCCGAGCACUGUAUCUGUACUUCCCUUUGAUGGAAAAAUAUUUCAGCUAUUUAUUCAUCUUUUGUUCUUGGACACCUGAUGAUGGACCAUUUCUCUUGAGUUUCACCACGAACUAGUUUUUGUGCGUUUUCAUCUGGACGCAGUUUGGACAUUUCCCUGCUCUAACAUACUUGACCAGCCCUGUUAACAUCGAGUAGAUAUAUUAGAGACAGACGAAUAAGAAGACUCCCAGCAUACAUGAUUACAGCAAUACGGUAAAGUCUUCUCUUCCAUUCGAUAUCUCACUUUCUCACCUCGUCUUUAUUCCAGGUGGGACACUGACCUGUAUGUGAGCUGCAUGCACUGUUAUUGUGGUUAGGAAGAAGCCCGUUAGUUUCUUAUUGGCUGCAUUACUUUUCCAUACAGAGAAAACACACGGGCACAUUUUAGGGUAAAUACACAUAAGAGAAUGCGUGUGUGUUUGUUUGUUUGUUUGUUUGUUUGUUUAUUACCAGAAAAAUCCACUUUUAAAUAAACACAACUUAAUUCGAACCUUAAAUAUCUAUGUUUGGGGACGCACUCCAGACUCGGUAUGGUGAAGAGUCUGAAAGAUAAACGGUGAAUGUUCUAGGCACAGUGUUUAAAGCAUCAUAAUUUCAUAAAGUUUGUCUUUCGCAUGCACACAUACAGUCGACAUGUCUGUUAAUUAAGUGAACGACACAUGAAAUGUUUGUGUUGUGGUGGUGUCUGGACCCUCUGAAGGCCUUUUUAAGGUUAAAUGUGAAUCGAGUGUUUUACUGGGGUGAGCAAGCGUGUUUCUUUUCAAAUAAACAUAUUAUUUUGCCUUUA